UUGUCGGAUUAAAAUUUUCGUGUCUGGCACUUCAGUUGAAAGUAUUAAUUCUUCUUUUUUCAGAGAUAAGUUAAAAUUCUUGGAUCAAUUAAGCUGUAAUGGGUGAAUGGGUUGGAUGGUGAAGCAUGUACAACGAUUUCAAUAUUUUUAAUAUUUUUGAAUGAUUUCAGUCCCAUUUCGUUUUUUUUUGACAAAUUCGUGAAACGUGAGUCAACUUCUAAUAUACAAAUAAAUAAGCCUGAAAGAUAUUCCUACAAGUUAGUACACAAUGUUUGUGCAAAUUAUGUUAUUGUUUUAGAAUGCAUCGUUCACAAAUGAGCGUAUAAUGUGAAAAAGAAAUGACCCAGUGCAGAAAGGUAGUUUUUUUUCUAUAGCUUGCUUUCGUUUUGUUUUUCAAGAAAAGAAUGAAUCUUCCCGAGACUUUCUUUGAAUCCAUACGUUGAGAAAUAUGCAACGCUGACGUUGGGUAGAGAGCCACUGUGUUCAUUCUUUGUACUGCAGGAGUUAGUCUGUCAUCACCCUGUCUGGUGAACUGUUGACUUUUCAAAAUAUUCAGUUUCAAUCAGAUUUGAUUAUGACUUCUGCCGUUUGUGUAUUGUUGGGCGAAAAAGUGAAAGGCACCCUACACUUUGAACAACAGGGAGAAGUUCUCGUUAUUAUGGGAGAAGUAACUGGACUUACCCCAGGCGAACAUGGGUUCCAUAUCCAUGAAUUUGGCGACUAUACUAAUGGUUGCAUGUCUGCUGGACCCCACUUUAACCCAACCGGGGUUGAUCAUGGUGGUCCAUUUGACGAAGUUCGCCAUGUUGGCGAUUGCGGGAAUUUGAUCGCUAACGAAUCGGGAGUUGCCAAAGUCGAUAUCAAAGAUUGCUUGAUGACACUUACUGGUGAAUAUGGAAUUAUUGGCCGCACCGCUGUGGUACAUGCGGAUCCCGAUGAUUUAGGUAAAGGUGGGCAUGAGCUCAGCAAAGUCACAGGUAAUGCUGGCGCUCGUGUCGCUUGUGGUAUUGUUGGCAUUGGCAAAUAGAUUGUCGCCGAUUCGAAAUCCUACUCGCAACAAGUUGUAGGACAUCGUAUACAGCCUUACAAUUUUAAGGCAAAGUGGUGUUGAACAUACUUACUGUUUUGAUUUCUUCUUAUAUAUGUUUACUAAUUAUCGAACUUAUUAAAAGUUACAUUUAUCCUGGAA